AUGAAGAAGUUUUUCAAGAGUAUCAGAAAAAAAUCCCAGGGCAGCAAAGGUCCACCUUCAGGUGGAUCGCCAGAGUUAGGAAGUUUAAGAGGUUCCACAACUUCUCUUGUGAUAGGUUAUGAUGUUAGAGAAAAAGAAUUAAGCAAACUUCACAAAGCUGCAUGGACCGGGGAUUUAUCAAAAGUACAGCAGCUUGCGAAAAAAGACCCUAGUCCUUUGGAUAAAGAAAAAAGAACUCCACUGCACUUGGCGUGUGCCCAGGGACAUGCAGAUAUUGUACGUGAGCUUCUCGAGUGGAAGGCUAAGACUAAUGUUGGUGAUGCAGAUUCACGUACACCCUUGAUGAAGGCAGUGGAAUGUCGACAAGAAGAGUGUGUAGUUCUCUUGCUGCGAGAAAGGGUAGAACUUAACUCUGUAGACAAAGAUGGCUGUACCUGCCUCCAUAUUGCUGCUAGAGAUGGCAGGAGCAAACCUCACAAUCAAAAACAAGGAGGGCUUGGCACCCUUACAUGUAGCUGUCAAGAAAAGCAAGAGGAAGUUUGCCGCAUUAUUCUUGCUUCUAAAGGUCAGGUGGACAUUGAAGACAACAACCUGAGAACGCCAUUGAUGUAUGCUUGUCAAGAUGGAUCUGUGAACCUGGUGAAGCUUCUUCUGGACAAUGGUGCAAGUACGGAGCUCAAAGAUGCUAAAGGAUGGACGCCAGAUGACUGUGCUGUAAUUCAAGGCCAUCAUGCCUGCUCACAACUGAUAACAGACCAUGUAAUGAAACAGCAGCGAAACAGCACAGCAAGCACCCCCCGCAGUCUCACAGGCAGUCGAUCAGCAACUCCUCGGGGGGCUUCACCAUUUGCUUUCUCAGCUGCAGUUGACAAGGACAGUGUCAGUUUUGGACUUCCUGUUGCAGAUGCUGGAGGAGAUGAAUCUGGAGAGGAGACACUGAGCAAGGUCUCAGCUAGGGGAGCAGGAUCUGAUUCCUGGGGGGAUGACACAGACAUCAGUCUCGCUGAAGACAAAAAAAACAAGGAUGGCUCAGGGUCAGAUGUGGAUGACAAUGUUUUGGAGGAAGAGUCAGCAACACCUAAGAUCAAUCUUGCUAAACUGGUUGGCUACCAGCAUUCAGAGAGUGAUGACACAGAGUCCCAGAAAAAAUCAAAGGAAAAAGGUGUCAAAAGAGCAGUCACUGAAAAAGUAGAAACAGAAACUCAGCCCAGAUUGAAUACCUCCAAAUCUGUGCCGACUGAAACCGCUCAUGGUGGGAAGACAUGGGCUGCUGAUGACUCACCGCUUACACCUCGCAAAUCGGUCUCUUUCAAGAGGGAUAAGGAAUUAUCUCAAGUCCAUGAUAUUAUGAACGUGAACUCUGAAGAAGAAUCAGAUGACGAGGCAGCUAAUCCUGGUCAUCACUCCACUUUAGUUGCGGCAGGUGAGGCAUACUUUCCUUCAACACCAGCAGGAAUUCCUCCUCCUGCUUAUCAUUUAUCACCAGACAAACAGAGAGGGCAUGUGAAAGAAGAGUUCAUGGAAGAGCUUGGAUUAGGAGAUGCUGAUGAUAUCAGUGACAUGAGUGAAGUCUCUGAACCCCAGCCUGCGCAUUUCAGGCUGCAGUGUCCUCAUGUGUGGUUUCCUCAGCUGCAGUGGUGUCAGACAGUGACUGGGACUCUACAGUGAAAUCAGAUUUAACUCCUAGGCCUGGGAUUCUGAAAAAGUGGAGCAAGUCAAACAAUCAGGAUGAGGAAGAUGAAAGACCUCUAAACCAAAUCACUGCUAACCAAGAGCUGGUUGAUCACAGUGACUGGGAUUCAGCAACAGCAGAAGAUAUCCCUCCACCAUUGCCCACUUCUCCGCAGCCCAAACUUGGCAAAGUGUCAGAAUGGGAGAGUGAUAUAGAGGAGAUGGUGAUUCAACCUCUUGCCAAGCAAACACCUAGAGAGGCAAGU